UGUACUGCGGUCAGCUGAUAUCAGCGCAAGACAAGUAACUUUCCAAUGGGGUUCUGCGCACCGCUGUCUACGUGACAUCAUACGUCCAUUGUGACCUAAUCGACAAACGUUAUUUUGCUCGUGCUUGUAUCCCGAAAGGUUGACGACCGACUUCAGCGGUGAAAUAAUAAAAAACAUAACUGUAAGGUAACGGUGAGGAUCAUAUCUGGGGGAGUCGUUCAACGGAGGAAAAAUUCAUCCGAAGCCUUAUUACUUGUUUCCAGGAACCCCCUUCACUUCCAGUGUGUAGAUGAAUUACGAACAGCCUCCACCCUACACAGGGCCUGGCGCUCCAGCCCCAGGAUACCCUCCUCCAUCAGCUCCCGGAUACCCGCCUCAAGGAUACCCGCCUCAAGGAUACCCUCCUCAGGGAUACCCUGCACAGCCAUACCAAGGAUUUCCAGCUCACACCGAGCAGCCUAACCCUGGUUACUACCCUCCUGGACCUCCGGGAUCAUUCCCAGUCGAGCCAGGAUACCAGGGCUACCCUCAACCACAAUAUGGAGGACCUGCAUAUGGCGAACCCCCUAAAAACACUGUGUAUGUUGUGGAACAGGGAAGGAGAGAGGACUCUGGGGACCAGGCUUGUCUAACUGCAUGUUGGACAGCUCUGUGUUGCUGCUGUCUGUGGGACAUGUUGACCUAGAAUUGUAAAGAAACCACUGUGAGCCCCGCUUUCAUUUCACUCCAUCUUUCACUCCAUGACAAUCAUUAUUUGUGUAUGACUACUGAAAAAUAAUUGAAAAAAGAAUUUUUGUUUGUUUUAACAUCAAGAGUGGGGACUCUUCUUUUUAUGCCUUUAAUGUCAAGCACGAUAUGCACUGAGAGACAUUUACAUCUGAUUUAACGCGUUGAUCUUAUUUGUAGAGGCAUAUUAGACUGAAUGUUUUUAUUAUUUGUGUAUUGAAAAAUGCGAAUUUCACCUCUUUAUUAAUGAAUGCAAAUAUUGCUUGAACAUAGACCAGAUUUGAGAAUCAAAUAUGGCCUUGCAGAGUCUAUGAAUGUUUAAUCUGUCGUAAUAAAAAUAUGUUUGUUUCUAUUCAUUAAAAUAAUGGAAAUGAGCCAUGCAUUUUUCUUUAUUCGUUAUUUAACAUGUGCUUUGUCAUUCACACAAUCACAUUUAUCAUCUGCCUUCCUGUUAAACAAUUUCAGUCUGAACACACCCAAGUGUAACAUUUUAAAUGCAAUUUAUGGCAACAGACUUGAACCUUUGUCAUAGAGUGUAAUGAACUGAUUAUUGGCUAAUUUAUUAUGCUUUGUUCUGCAGUUACCUUGAGAAAGGAAAGGGAAUGAAAUUCUAAGUAAAUGAGGAAAUAUUGACUGGGAACGCGGUUAGGAAUUGAAGUGUGAGUGGAUUUUAAAUGAGGAAUCAUGUUUUUCAGUCAUCACACCUUAUUGUCUCUUCUUUGUACUGUAUUGAACCUCUCCUCCCCCUGAGGUAUUAAAUACUGCUCACUUUGGUCUAGUCGACUCCAUGACAGUUCUCAAAAUAAGAAUCUCAAACCUGGUUUGUAGUAUGCACAUUCAUAAUGAACUAAUAAAAAUGUAGUGAUUUAUAGUCAAUGAGCUAUUAUGACUGAGCAUAAUAUACAAAUGCAACACAGUGUGUGAAAACCCAGCU